UUUUCAGCUGAAAUUGGAAUGAAUGUUCUUAUGGAACGAUGCCUUAUUACUGUGGACACUAAGGGAAAACUUGGCAUGCAUGGUUUGCUGCGAGACAUGGGAAAAGAAAUUAUUCGCGAGAGUUUGCCAAUGAAACCUGAGGAACGUAGUAGGUUGUGGAAUCCAGAUGAAGUGCUUAAUGUAUUAUCAAAAGACAUGGGAACAAAAGCUAUUGAGGGACUUGCUUUGAACCUGCCAAAGUCACUGAAUCCAACCCACUUAAAGACAGAAGCAUUUAAGGAGAUGAAGAGACUCAGAUUGCUUCAGUUUGCGAAUGUGCAACUUGUUGGAGACUUUAAAUAUCUUUCAACAGAUCUUCGAUGGUUGUGCUGGCAUGAAUGUCCUUCAGAAUAUACAACUGCAAACUUUGAUCAAGGAAAUUUAGUUGCUAUUGACUUCAAAUAUAGCAAACUCGACCUAGUAUGGAAGAAGGGUCAGAUGAUGAAGAAUCUAAAAAUUCUCAAUCUUGGUCAUUCUCAACACUUGACACAAACUCCUGACUUUUCAAAUAUGCCCAAUCUUGAAAAGUUAAUACUCAAAUAUUGCCCAAAGUUGACGUCGGUUUCUCAUACCAUUGAACAUCUCAAGCAAGUUCUUCUAAUCAAUUUGAAAGGGUGUUCAAGGCUUCGUGUACUUCCAAGAAGCAUCUACAAGUUGAGAUCUCUCAAAACUCUCAUUCUCUCAGGAUGUUCAUUGAUUGAUAAGCUAGAGGAAGACAUAGAACAGAUGGAAUCAUUGGCAACUUUGAUGGCAGAUAAAACUGCCAUAACACAAGUGCCUCAUGCACUACUAAGAUUAAAGAGCAUUGUGUUUAUUUCUUUGUGCGACUUUGAAGGAUUAUCGCGCAAUGUGUUUCCUUCAAUCAUUUGGUCAUGGACCUCUCCAACAAAUAAUUUCUCACCCCAAGUCAAAUAUUGUUUCCUUAAUAGUUCCAAAUAUGUAGCUUCUGAUGAUACUUUUAAAGUCACAAACUGCAAUGAAAUGAUAGUAACAUCAAGUGCAUCAAAUGUCUCAAAAAGGAGUACCUCAUCAUUAGCUGGUUGUUGCAGCAAACAUGACAUUAUUGAAGCUGAAAUUUCCUUGAAUUUAAUUUUAAUCCAAAUGGGAAUGAGUUGUGCUGUCACAGAGGUACUUAGAGAGAAUAUUUUUCAGAAAUUUAGUCCCAGAGUACCUGGAGAUUGUUUGCUUCCUGGCAACAAGAAUCCUGAUUGGUUAGCAUACAGUAGCGAAGAUUCUUCUGUAACUUUCCAUGUCCCUCAAGUGAAUGGGCGUAGGUUAAAGACAGUGUUGUUGUGUAUAGUCUAUUCUUCUUCCCCAAAAAAUGUACCGUCAGAAGCCCAUAUUGUCAAAAAUCUGUUUAUCAUAAAUCACACAAAAACCACCCCUUAUGUCUAUGAUGGAGAUACACUGGCUUCACUUAAAGAUGAGGAGUGGCAGAAGGUAACAUCAAUCCUUGAAGCCGGUGACAAAGUGCAGAUUGUUGUUGUUGCGGGGUUAGGAUUCACAGUGAAGAAGAUAGCAGUUUAUCUCGUAUAUGCAGAUCAACAAGCUGAAGGUAUUGUUUGUGCUGACGAUAUGGUAGCAUAUGCAAAUUUCACUGUUCAUGGUGGCGAUAACAAUGUAAGUGCUAAUUGUCUAAGUAUCUACGAACAUUAUUUUAAAGUAUAAAAUUUAUUUCGUCCAUGUUAUGUUGCAGGCUAAAUUUGAUAGAGUUUUUAAAGCAAAAUUGCACUUUAAGGACUUGGUUGAUAUUUGCAUUUUUAUUUGACUCCUAUAUUUUAUGUUACUACCUUUAAGUUUAUCUUGGGAGUGCUGAUAUUAUUUUGAACUUCAAAUUAACUGCUGCUGAAAUGAUCAACUUGUAGAAAGUCUUUUCUGCUGUCAUUAAAAAUGUAAAAGUACAUUUAUUCAUUUUGCCACCUUAUAUAAUAUGCUCACACUCGCCUAUACUAUAAAGAAGUAUGUAAUUGUUGAAACUUCAUAUUCAAUUACACAUUAGUUCUCUCCGCUUUUACUUUCUCUAUGUUUUUGUACUUAUUUUGUUCAUUUUCUCUGCUGAUUCUGUGUAAAACUAAUGCUCAUAUCUUAUUUUCAGAAAAAUUUGAAGUCACUUGGAAAACGAAAAUUCCAGAGAGUAUGAUUAUCAAGGAGUAUUGUCACUUGUCAAUUUAAGUUGAAGUUGUAAGUGUAGGCUAAGAAAGAUAAAAUUUAAUUUGUGGCCUAGAUCUAAAAUUAUAUGUUUUCCUUCUAACCUCGGGAUCAUUUUUUAAAAAAAAUUUCUGCACA